UUGAGAAAUUCCUUGGGAGUUAGAUUCUACAAUACGUUUACAUUAGUUAUUGAAAGGUUUAUAAUAUAUAAUCUCACUGUAAAGCCCGACGAUAUAGUGGUGUCGGGAAUGUCGGGUCGGUUCCCCCUCUCAGACACUACCGAUGAGUUCGCAAAGAAUCUGUUCUCAGGCGUGGAUAUGGUUACCGAAGAUGACAGUCGAUGGCCAUUAGGUGUGAAUCCCCAGGAGUUGAGGGGAACAAAGACUGGAGUAUACGUUGGAGUUUCCAUAUACUCCAUGACUGACGGCUACCCCGACGACGGACAGCCAGACCUAUCAGAGAGUAUGCAGACUCUAAUGCUUCAAAGUCUCGGCAAUAUGAAGACCCUCUACUCCAGCCGUAUAUCGUUUGCUAAUGACUUUAAGGGCCCGAGUCUUGUGGUGGACACGGCCUGCUCGGCCAGUCUUACCGCCCUCGCACUGGCCUGCAGUGAUUUGGUGCAAGGAUAUACGGACAACGCGAUAGUGUGCGGCACUCAUAUGGAUUUCGAGCCGUUUAUCUUUCAGUUUCAACAAGAGUUGGGUAUUUGUUCGCCGGACGGUAUGUCCCGUGUAUUGGACGCCGGGGCCAAUGGCUUUGUGAAGUCAGAGGCCGUGUGCUGUGUAUUCCUACAGCGCCGUCAGUACGCACGCCGUCUGUACGGACACGUAUUGACGGCCAGAAUGAAUGUCGACGGACACAAAAAGAUGGGAAUGUUUUUCCCCUCGUCUGAGGCUCAGGAGGAACUGAUGCGCAUGACGUACACCGACGCCAACAUUGAUCCCAAAAAGAUCACCUAUUUUGAAGCCCACGCCACCGGCACCAAGGCGGGCGAUCCUCAAGAGAUGAAAGCGAUAUACAACGCGUACUGUGAGGGCCGGACUGAGCCCUUGCCGUUGGGGGCGUUGAAGAGCAAUAUGGGUCACUCGGAGGCCGGCUCUGGCGUCGCGUCUAUCAUUAAAGUGAUGAUCGCUUACGAGAAUGAAUGCAUUCCUCCGAACAUUAACUUAAAUCAAUUAAAGGGAGAAUUAGAAAAAUAUUUCCCACCACUACUGGCCAUCACUGAAAAGUAUUCGUACACCCCUGGUCUCGCCGCUGUUAACAACUUUGGCAUCGGUGGUUCAAACGCUCACGCCUUGAUUGAACCAAAUUAUAAGUUGGAAACCAAUGAUAAGUUGAGAAUUGCGGAAAAGAUUCCCAGAAUUGUAAACAUUUGCGGCCGAACUGAAGAUGCGGUCAAAUAUGUGAUGGAUUUCAUACAAAACAACCCAAAGAGAGUAACGAAUGACUUUUUGGCACUUUUGGCACCCGUUAUGAAAACCUCACCCGAUAUUAAUUCUGCCGGAAAGCCGUACAGAGGAUCAAUGAUAAUAAAAAAAGUGUCGGAAGAAAACAAUGCAAAAGUGCUCGCCCUCUAUGGCUACUGUUCCCGGGUUUGGGCGGACAAUGGCCUGCAAUGGCUGCAGCUU